GGUAAAAAGAAAAUAAAAAAGAACCUUUGAUCUCUCUCUCUCUCUCUCUCUCUCUCAAAAAAUUGAAACUCCAUAUACCGUCGUUUUUUCCGAUCACCUACUUCAGCUGUUCUUUGUGAAUGCCAUAACUGUUUACGUUUUGAAUUUGAUUUAUUGCUGCUGCGGAGGUCCCAAUCUGCUCACAAGCAUCUCAUUUUCGUUUCUAGGGCAAGGUAAAACCAAGGGCGGGAUGCACUGUGUUUUGAAUGAGUAGAUCGUGCCGACGGCAGAUGAAGUCGUGAAAUUUGUUUAUUAUAUGUAUUAAGUGGAAGCUGAACAUCACAAUUUUUUUGUGUUGCUGAUAGUUUCUACUGUAAUUUCUUAAACUGCGUGUAUUCUACCUAAAUGUAUUUUUUUCUUAUUUCGAUUAUGGAUGAGAAGGAUGGGAAUCACGUAGUUGUUGUAUUAGUUCUGUGUUAACUAAAAUUAAUUAGUUCGAUAAGCACCUUAAAUUUCUCUGGCGCUGUGUAGAAAUGAAUGGUUUGUCUUUAUUUUAUUUCUAUUUUACCAUUUUUAUUUUAUAGUCAUGGGGACGUAGUUAGGACUUUGAGAGGCGUGCUUCCUUGAUAUGGUGACUUCUAAAUUUCAGGUUGGAGAAUAUGAAUACUCAACUUGUGGAGAUUCAGCCUCGGGAACUUAAGUUCAUAUGUGAGGUGAAGAAACAGAGCUCAUGUGCUGUUCACCUUCUGAAUGCCACUGAUCAGUAUGUAGCUUUCAAGGUGAAAACUACAUCGCCAAAGAAGUACUGCGUUAGGCCUAAUAUUGGUAUAAUCAAGCCAAAGGCGAAUUAUGAUUUCACAGUUACCAUGCAAGCCCAGAAAUCUGUCCCCUCAGACAUGCAGUGCAAAGAUAAAUUUCUGAUUCAGAGCACUGUGGUACCAUAUGGCACAAGUGAAGAAGAGAUUACAUCUAGCAUGUUUGCUAAAGAUAGUCAAAAGUACAUUGAAGAGACCAAGCUCAGGGUUUUUCUUACAAGUGCACCGAGUUCUCCUGUAAAGCCACCAGCUACUGUAAUUUCAAAGCAAGAGCCAUCUAAUGAGAUUUUGAUGUCAAAACACUAUUCACCUGAUUUGAUGCCCGUUAAUGGAGUUAUCAAGCAAGAAACACAUUAUGAGACUCCAAUUCCUCAAGAACACCAGUCACCUGUUUUGCUGCCUGUUAAUGGAGUUAACAAUCAAGAACUGCAUAAUGAACCUCCAAUUCUGAAAGAUACUUUGCAGAAUGGAUUUGAGGACUCCCUUCCUUCUGACCUGCUGCCGAUUAAGCCAGUGGAGGCAGUCAAAUUUGUUAAAAACAUGGAAGAGUCUAGAUCGGUAAAGGUCAUGGACAGUGAGAAUUCUGUUCCUGCCAAGGAUGAUAACUCGAAGCAAGUGCAAGAUCUAGAGGAGGUGAAAUUGAAGCUAAUAAAAGAAAUAGAAGAGUUGAGAUCAAAAAUUAGCGCUAUGGACUCGAAGCUGGUUGAGGCAGAGUACACUAUCGAGAAGCUAAAAAUAGAACAGAGAAACACCAACCGUGAAAAGGAAACUUUGAAGGAAGAUCUGGCAAUGUCGAGUUCAAAGAGUGGCGUGAGAAAAGUCCAAGUUGGGUUCCCUCCGCUGUUCGUCUGCAUGGUCGCUCUCAUCAGUUUGAUUAUCGGGAAUAUGUUACGAGCCUAGUGCAGAUAAUGACUCGGGAUUUUGUGUUAACAAUAGGACAGAUCUAGUGGCUGGUUUUAACAAGCCAUCCGCAUGUACUAUGCUUGUUGAUAGUUUCAGAUGAAAGCUCUGAUGGAUCCUAUGAGUGUAAAAAGAACUGAUUAUAUCAAAUAAAAAGAAAUAUUGGAGUCUUUGUAGGAA